AUGUCAUAUGACCAACUAAACUCGCUGGAGUCCCAGCCUACCACUAUGCGCAGGGAUGAAGACCCGCAGUACCGUGACGAUCCGGACUUUGAUCAUCUGGCCGAGCAGCUUUCUGAUCAAUUAUUUACAUUGACUUCAAACAUAUCUCGCCUAUCCAACCAGAUCGCUCUUCUUGGCACCAAGCGAGACACCGAACGUGUGCGCGAGCGAGUCCAUAAUCUUCUCGAAGAGACCCGUACGGGGUUUAGGGAUGUAGGCGAAGGCAUCAAGGAGAUUCAAACAUGGAAAGAUGUCAAUCCCUCUCAGAAAUGGACGCAGCAAAAGCUAUCGUCUGAAUUCAAGGCCACUUUAGACGAGUUCCAAACAAUCCAGCGCCGUGCGCUUGAGAAACAACGUGCUUCAGCGGUUGCUGCACGUACCGCAAUUGAAGAUGGCGAACAACUAACUGGAGAUAACGACCUACUGCUACAAGAGCAGCAGCUGGAAGAGCAACAUCGCAUGGCCAACCAAGGCGAAGUGGACUUCCAGGAAUCCUUGAUCAUCGAACGUGAGGCAGAGAUCCGAAAUAUUGAACAGAGCGUGGGAGAGUUAAACGAACUGUUCCGGGAUGUUGCGCACAUCGUCACAGAACAGGGUGGACAGUUGGACAUCAUUAGUGAGAAUGUCCAGAAUGUCACUCAAGAUACUCGGGGUGCCAAUGUUGAGUUGCGGAGUGCUAGUCGGUACCAGAAGAAUGCACGCAACAGAGCAUGCUGCCUGUUCGUGAUUCUUGCUGUCAUCCUACUCAUCAUUGUGCUCGCCAUCGUCCUUGGAUAG